GGAGAGGGAUAGAGAGAGAAAGAGAGAGAGCUAGGGUUUAUCUCUGAACCCUGCUUUCUUCUUCUGGUCUUUGCCCUUGGAGAGAGGAUUCUCUUGGUUGGAGGUGAAAUGGCCUUCUUGGAUUACCACCAUCCGUGGACCUUCACUUUUGGUAUCCUAGGAAACGUUGUCUCGUUCUUCGUCUUCUUGGCGCCAGUACCGACAUUUUACAGAAUUUACAGGAAGAAAUCAACCGAGGGUUUUCAGUCGCUACCAUAUUUGGUUGCUCUGUUCAGCUCCAUGCUUUGGUUUUACUACGCAUUCCUCAAAGGGCGCUCCUUCCUUCUCAUCACCAUUAACUCCUUCGGAUCCGUGGUGGAAAUGGUGUACAUUGCCAUAUACAUUACUUAUGCACCGAGAGCUACGAGGAACUCCACGAUUAAGCUCUUUGCUCUGAUGAACGUCGGACUAUUCUCACUCCUAAUUCUCAUCGCACACUUCAUAUCAAACGAUCGGACACGCACCGAGGCGUUCGGAUGGAUUUGCACAACGACUUCCGUGAGCGUCUUCGCGGCACCGUUAAGCAUUGUGGCACGAGUUAUACGAACGAAGAGCGUGGCAUUCAUGCCCUUCCCUCUAUCGUUCUUUCUAACGUUGAGUGCCAUCAUGUGGUUCGGCUAUGGUUUCUUCGUAAAGGACUUGUGCAUUAUGAUACCGAACGUUGUGGGCCUCGUCUUGGGACUAUGUCAGAUGGUGUUGUACAGAUACUACAGAAACACAGGGAUCGUCAUCGUGAUUGACGAUAAGCUCCCUCAACACGUGACCAACAUCGUCAUUCUCUCCCCCUCAGGAGGAGACUCCGAAGUCCACCCCAUCACCGUCGAGAUCCUGUCGACGAUCCUGCCCCCCGUCGACGGUGGCGAAGCUCCCCGUGCAGAUGAGAAGCAGCAGCCAUCACGACCGCUGGAGGGAGCCGUGGAAGUGGUUGUUUCUGGCGAUGACCUCCGGGCCAAGGAAGAUAUGGGGGCCUGAUCUGCUAAGGUAUCGGUUCGCUCGGGCCCAACUUACCAUUGGGCUGGACUUUAAUUAAGAUUGUGAAGGUCCAUAUUAGUGGCGAUCCAUCCUCUACAUAAGGAUUCCACUUUCUCUGUCGUGCUCUCCCUCUCCCCGAGUGUCUCUCUCGUUUGGUUGGUAUACAAUUGUAUGAAUAAGUGCUUAAGACAAUCUCCCAAAGUAUAUUCAUCCUUAUGCUAUCCAAUUAAAGAUUGAGUUGAUUAUUAGUA